AUGGCAGAGAGAGACAUCACUUUCAUUAACGACUUGGAUAAUAUGAAGGAUGAUUACACACUAAAAGUGUGUAUCAUCCGGUUAUGGAGAUCAAUCUCAGAUGUAAGCCCGACUAUAGUAAAGUCACUUAAGAUGAUAUUGAUGGAUAAGAUGGGUACCAAAAUCCGAGCAAGUGUCUAUCCAAGAGAUUUUGAAAGGUCGGGAAAUUCAUCAUUGUUGGAUCCAUUUAUGGGAUUCGACAAGAUAUUUAAUGGAGACGAAGUAGAAUGUUUAAGUUCAGAUGGUCUCUGCCAAUCCGAGUUUGUUCAUGAUCAGUUUGAUGUCAAUUUAUACUCCCCAGGUGUUUUAAAUGGUCUUAAAAUAUCAGCAAAGGUCUCAUUCUCAUUCUCAUUCUCAAUCUCACCACCUGGUUAUCUUCAACCCUACACUCCUACCCCAUCAACGUCUUUCGCAUAA